AUGCGCUGGUGCGUCUGCAAACAGUGGGGACCUCCUUCAUCUCUGUCGAUCGAGGAUGGCCCACCCUUGCCGCAGCCAGGGAAGGAUGAAGUGGCCAUCGCGGUGUCCGCGUGUGCUGUGAACUUUCCGGAUCUGCUGGUUAUCCAGGGCAAGUACCAGACCAAGCCCGAGCUUCCUUUCGCGCCGGGAGGAGAGAUCGCGGGCGUCGUCACCGCGGUCGGAGAGGGCUCAGCUAGGUUCAAGCCCGGAGAUCGCGUGGUAAGCUUCGUCGGCUUUGGCGGCUUCUCGACCGACGUCGUCGUCCGAGAGGGCAGCGUCGCUCCUCUGCCGCCGGGCAUGGACUUCUUCACAGCCUCCUGCCUCUUCGUCGCCUACGGCACCGCAGACUACGCGCUGAGGAUCCGCGCGAAUCUCCGUAGAGGGGAGCUUGUCCUCGUGCUGGGUGCGUCUGGUGGUGUGGGCCUGGCCGCGGUUCAGCUGGCAAAGGCGGCCGGGGCUACCGUAAUCGCCGCAGCGUCUACCCGGGAGAAGCUGCAGGCCUGCAGGGACGCGGGCGCCGACCUCCUUCUCAACUACCGACAGGGAGACGGCAACGGUGGCGGCCGGCGAGGUGGCAAUUGGCGCGGGGCUUUGAAGCGGCUGACGGGGGGACGGGGUGUAGAUGUUGUGCUGGACAACGUGGGCGGGGCUGACUGCGAGACGGCGGUGAGAAGCCUGGCCGUCGGAGGGCGAUACCUGGUGGUGGGGUUCGCGUCCGGAACCAUCCCGGCGCCGCCUCUGAACCUGGUUCUCCUGAAGGAGGCGUGCGUCAUGGGGGUGUUCUGGGGGGCGUGGAGAGAGCGAGAGCCAGAGAAGAGCGCUGAGCAGAUGGUGGAGAUCGUGCGGCUGGUCAACCUGGGAAAAGUGAAACCCACCAUUUCACGCGUGUACCCUCUAGACCAAGCACCACGCGCGCUGGAGGACAUGGGCGCCCGGAAGGUGGUCGGCAAGGUGGUCAUCGACACACGGUCUGAGGGUCGCAGCGGCCAGGGAAUGUCUUCGUCAACGUUGUCGAGGUUGUGAAGUAUUACGCCGGAGGUAGGCUGACUGUGUGCUGAUUCCACAGCCAUCAACACAGCCUAUGGUCGCUCAACCGGGGGUGCUCUGGCGGGGCAAGUUGGUGGGGGGGCGUGUUGGUUUUGGGAAAGCGGCAGCGAUCUUUUGCUGGGUCGAACUGCUCAUUUUCUUUGCGUUUGAAUUCGGGUUGGUUGCAAAACAGGGAGGAGGGGAGUUGGACAGAAGAACUCUACCCAUUGAUGGCAAGGCCUGUUUGGCGUGGGCUAAUUGGCGGAGUAUCGGUAUGACUC